GUCAGCGGUACUUGUGAGCAGCGGAAGAAUCCAAAACACACUCUUGCCAGGGUAUUUUGCUGGUGUUUUCGACGUGGAAACGCUGAGGAAAACCAGACAGACUCUGAGAUACCAGGUCACUCAGAGCUCCUCUGGUCAUGUUGGAAGAAAGGACGCAGAAGGAUCAUUUCUUGUGCUAGAGGGCUCCAUCACUAUAUUGGCACACCAAGGGACACUGAUUGAGUCGUAGACACCUCAUCAAAAGCUACAGAACAGGACCAGAGUUAUGGCUGUGUGGCUCCAAAGUGGACUCUGGACUGCAGCUGGCAGGCUUUUCAACUUUUAAGAGCGGAUCAUCACACAGACGAAACAAAGGGCUGAGACCCUUCUCAUCAUCACACCAUCAUAAAGCAAUUUCUGGGCCCAGACAAAGUCAUUUCCAAGAGCACCUGAAGGUUGGAGGAUGGAAAAUGGAUAGACAUCAUGGCAGACAGGUGACCUGAGAGAUCCGACAGAGACAAAUGUGACAGCUAUCAGGAAGAGGUGUUCUAUGAAUCUGACCCCCCAUCUUGACAUGAAUCACUAUGUGUUUAGACACCUGACCUGACCAAGCCACUGUUCCUGUCACUGCUGCUUCUUCGUUCUGCUCUUUGAGUGUGAAUGUGUGGCCUUGAGGUAUUCCCAACGGACCAUAUGGCACAAUACCACACGAUAUAGGUCCCCUUUGUAUGAACUAACAUGGACAAAGUGGUCAUCAGUCUCCUGCUUCUGGGAACCGCAGUUACGAUGGUCCAUGCAUGUCCCAAAUACUGUGUCUGCCAGAAUCUCUCAGAGUCCCUGGGGACUCUGUGUCCCUCCAAAGGUCUGCUCUUUGUCCCACCGGACAUCGACCGGCGAACUGUGGAGCUCCGGCUGGGUGGCAACUUCAUCCUCAAGGUCACCACUCAGGACUUUGCCAACAUGACAGGUCUGGUUGAUCUCACGUUGUCCCGCAACACCAUCAGCGCCAUCCAGUCUUUCUCCUUCAUUGACCUGGAGACCCUGAGAUCGUUGCACCUCGACAGUAACCGAUUGACUGAGCUGGGACCGGACGACCUUCGAGGGUUGGUCAACCUGCAGCACCUCAUCCUCAACAACAAUCAGCUGAGUCGAAUCUCCAGCGCCGCCUUUGAUGACUUGUUAUUGACACUGGAGGAUCUGGAUUUGUCAUAUAACAACUUGCGCAGUGUGCCUUGGGAAGCCAUCCGCAAGAUGGUCAACCUCCAUCAGAUGAGUCUGGAUCAUAACCUCAUCUCCUUCAUUGCAGAGGGGACUUUUACAGAUCUGGAUAAACUGGCCCGCUUGGAUCUCACCUCCAACCGUCUCCAGAAGCUCCCUCCAGACCCCAUCUUUGCGCGCUCCCAGAGCAGCAUAGUGAUGAGCACACCUUAUGCUCCUCCGCUGUCUCUAAGCUUUGGCGGAAAUCCAUUGCACUGCAACUGUGAAGUCCUUUGGCUUCGGAGGCUGGACCGUGAGGAUGACAUGGAAACCUGCGCUUCUCCUGCUAGUCUAAAGGGCCGCUACUUUUGGUCUGUCCGUGAGGAGGAGUUUGUUUGUGAGCCCCCUUUGAUCACGCAACAUACGCACAAGCUGCUAGUGCUAGAAGGCCAAACGGCUAGCCUGCGCUGCAAAGCAGUCGGUGAUCCAAUGCCAACUGUGCACUGGGUUGCUCCUGAUGACCGUUUGAUUAGCAACUCCUCCCGAGCGACAGUAUACGAAAAUGGCACCCUGGACAUUACAAUCACCACAUCCAAGGAUUACGGGACAUUUACUUGCAUUGCUGCCAAUGCUGCUGGGGAAUCUACGGCCUCCAUUGAGCUGUCAAUCAUUCAACUCCCCCAUCUGAAUAAUGGUACAAACCGCACCACACAGGCCAAGUCAGGGCUUUCAGACAUAACAAGCUCUACUAAGAUCAGUAAAGGGGAACCUAAACCUCUACCAGAGAAGGUGGUGUCUGUGUCAGAAGUGACUGCCAUCUCUGCUCUGGUCAAGUGGACUGUUAGCAAAUCAACUCCAAAGGUCAAAAUGUAUCAGCUUCAGUACAAUUGUUCUGAGGAUGAAGUUCUCAUUUACAGGAUGAUUCCCAUGAAUAACAGAGCCUUCGUAGUCACAAAUCUUGUCCCUGGGAUGCAGUAUGACCUGUGUGUCUUGGCCAUCUGGGAUGACACUGCCACCACCCUCACCGCCACCAACAUCGUUGGCUGUGUCCAAUUCAUCACCAGGGAGGAUUACCCGCAGUGCCAGUCCCUUCACAGUGGCUUCCUGGGUGGCACCAUGAUCCUGGUCAUCGGCGGCAUUAUCGUAGCCACGCUGCUGGUGUUCAUCAUCAUCCUAAUGGUGCGAUAUAAGGUGACAAGUGGCAUCCAGACCAAUAAACUACCCACUGUGAGCAACACGUACUCGCAGACCAAUGGUGGGUUGAACAGGUUCAACGGUGCCCCACCGCAGGUCAAAUCCACAGUUGUCGUCAUGCGUGAAGAAAUGGUUGAGUUCAAGUGUGGAUCCCUCCAGAGCAGUCUCUCCUCAUCCUCGUCAUCUUCUAACUCAUUAGAUAGUCAAACAGGAAGGGGGGCUGGUGACCGCUACAGCAUGCAGGGCAGCGAAUGCAGCACCUUGCCCAGCAGCAAGUUCAGGAGACACAGGCAUGGCACCAAAGCACGGCAAAACCUGGACCACCUUUUAGGGGCCUUCACCUCAUUGGAGCUGCGAGGGGUAGCAAGAGACCACCAUGGGGCUUCUGGCCAAGCCAGCACCUCCAAUGCUAUGAUGACGGUGGCUAUGGUGCCUCCGUCCGAUAAAGAACCCCUGCUUGGAAGGGCCGAGUCCACCACCAUGCUUGGGCGACUAUUAGGGAUGCCCCAGGAGGGUAAGCCCAAGAGGAGCCACUCGUUUGACAUGGGUCACGUUGGGGCAGCGCAGUGUCGCAGCAACUACCCUCGCAGGAUCAGUAACAUCUGGACUAAGCGCAGUCUGUCUGUUAAUGGCAUGCUGCUGCAGUACGAUGACAGUGAGGACGAGAAGCCCACUUUUGAGAGUUCGGAGUGGGUGAUGGAAAGCACAGUUUGAGUUGGUCUAGCUGUGAGGUCCAUGGCCGAAAAAAAUCAGGAACUAAAAGAACAUGAGUGCAAAGGCAGGAUGCUCCAGAGGGAAUCUGCCUUUGAGUAUUGCAUGAAGUUCAUCCAUGUGAAUACUGUCUAACUAUGUGAGAAAAGACACUCAAAUCGAUAGAUUCCUGGCCGUGAUCUCAACUCUCUGACAGUGUCUAACUGUAUUUGAAAUCUUGUUCCCAUCUCAA